UGUUGCCUUUCGACGGACCUCUGCCUCGUCCACAUGCAUUCCGUAUAUAUAUUCCAUGCCGUAUAUUUCUCUGUGCGCAGACACAGUAGUGCCUCUGAAGUGCUAGAUAAUAUAUUUGUUCUUGGUCCAGACAUGGAAUCAGUGGGAUAAUAAGGAUAUAUAGUGACUUCUAAGGAUCUUUGGCAUCAUGGCAGUGUUUCCCCUGCUUCUGGCUGUGUUGUUGCUGCCCAGUGUACAUGCCUCAAGGUGUGUAGACAUCUCCCCAGAUCCAGAUCCAGAUCAUGGAUCAGGCCAUGCUGUGGAGCUCGGGAAGGAAUUCACAGCCACUUGCCUUCUCCGCCAGAAGGACCUCAGAGCUGACAACAUAGUGUGGGCCUAUAGCAAUGGACAUACAGUGAUCCCCCUCCCAAGACAGCUCUACAGGAAGAUCAAUGAUUCCGCGGGCAGCAUCACAGUCAACGUGACGCAAGAUAUGAGGAGUUUCUUCACAUGCACUGUUGACAACCAUGAUACCAUCAUGCAAAGCGGCUGCCGCUAUGGAAUUUUGCUAGAUAAAGGAUAUCCUCCAGAAAAGCCCACUGACGUGCGCUGCCAGACGGUCCAAGUGGGCUCCAAGAUGUCCAAUGAUGUCUCGUGUCGCUGGAACCCGGGAACAAGAGACCCUGUAAUGCAUACCAACUACACGCUAUAUAUAGAAGAUGCAGGGGAUGUGUACCACAGCAGUGUGUCCAACAGCUCCGGGACAGUGGUGCUGAAGAUCUUUCCACACCAUAUGGACGUGAAGAUUUGGGUGGAGGUUGAGAAUCGAUUGGGGAAGGCCACCUCCGAUGUCCUGAUGCAGGUGGCAGACAGUUUGAUCAAAACGAAUCCGCCAGCCAAUGUGAAUAUUACUUCGGAGCAAGCGUUCCCAAAGUCUCUUCUCAUCCAAUGGAGACACUCCAUUGACCGAACCUAUGUGUUGCUGAAGUACAACAUCAGGUUUUGUGAGAAAGACUCUCACACCUGGUCUGAGGUGCCUCCGGAGGAAACGAAGGACUACCAGGACUCCUUUCGGCUCCAAGCCCUGCAGCCAUACACGGAGUACAGGGUGCAGGUGCGCUGUAAGAACCAGAAGGAUCUGGGUUACUGGAGUGACUGGAGCCGCAAUGCCACGGCCCGCACGGCGGAGGACCGGCCUUCUAGUAAGCCUGACGUAUGGAUGAACACCACUGUCGAUGGUGAGCAGAGGACCGUUCAGCUCUUGUUAAAGAAACCUGUAAUGUCAAAUGGGAAGAUCCGUAAAUAUAAGAUAAAGAUCUUUGAGGGUGGUGAAACCAGAGUGUCUCUGCUUCCCUUUGAGGGGGAAAAGCCUUUCCAAGUGUUUGAGUUCACCAUGCAAAGGCAGUCGGUCGCUCACGUUGAAGUCACUGCAAGCAACUCCGUAGGGGACUCACCCAAAGCAGAUUUAGCUGUUCCGUGGAUGGCUCAAGAGCUUCCUCCUGUGUCCCGCUUGGUUACGUUCGCCCAGGACGGUGUGCUGUGGGUGGAGUGGAGCGGCCCUGCGGUAGAGGGUCCGCCGGUGGAGUACGUGCUGCAGUGGGUGUCUCUGCUGGACGGGGAGUGGGACUGGCAGAAGGAGCCACGCAACGCCACCAAGGCUUACGUCAAAGGCAACCUGCAGCCCUUCGUACCAUACAACGUGACGGUGGUCCCCAUCUACCAUCGGCGGUUCAGAGAGAUGCACCUCAGACUGCCUGGGAAACCGGAAACAGUCGCCACGUAUCUGAAGGAAGGGGUGCCGGACGAGGCUCCAACAGCAGUUGUGUCGAGGACGUGGAAGAACAGCGCAGAGCUGGUCUGGAAGGAGAUCCCUCUGGAGAAGCAGCGGGGGUUCAUCACCCACUACACCAUUAUCUAUGAGAGCAAAGGCGUGGCAGUCUCGGAACCCGUGGCUCCAUACGUGCACUCCCUCAUACUGAAGAACUUGACCAAGGAGACAAACUACAAGCUUCACAUCGUGGCCUGGACACAGGCCGGCUCAAGGAUGAGUGACUUCUUCCACAUGGUCACCCCAAAGUACGAUCCAGGGGAGAUUGAGAUGAUUGUGGUGUGCGUCUGCUUUGGCUUCCUCUUCCUCACCAUACUGACCAUAAGGCUUUGCUUCAAGAACAAAGAGACGCUCAAGAAGAAGUUCUGGCCCCAGGUUCCUGAUCCCUAUAACAGCACUGUGGCUAAAUGGUCUCCGGACCUAUCAGCCAGGGCCGGUACGCCCAAAGAGACGACGCUGGGUGACCUGAGCGUGGUGGAGGUGGACGUGUUCGACCAGAAGUCCCUGUGUGACGAGGACAAGACGUCGCUGCCCGCGCUCAAGAAAGACAAGUACCUGUCGGAGGAGCACAGCAGCGGCAUCGGCGGCUCGUCGUGCAUGUCCUCGCCGCGCCAGAGCGUCUCCGACAGCGACGAGGCCGACUCGGGCCAGACCACGGCCAGCACCGUGCAGUACUCCUCCGUGGUGGGCUACAAGGGCCAGACGCCUGGGGGAGCCGCCUCCUCCUCCACCGCUGCCUCCUCUUCCUCAUCAUCCUCCUCCUCCUCCUCCUCCUCCUCCUCCUCUACCGCCGCCGCCACCCCAGCCCCGGCGCACACCUUUGCCCGCUCGGAGUCCACCCAGCCCCUGCUGGACUGCGAGGAGCAGCAGGAAGGCAGUGGGCAGAGCGGGGCAGGCAGGGGCGGCUCCUUAUUCAGGAGGCCCCACGGAUUCGGUGAUGCCGACGGCAGCGGUAGUCCGACGCAGCUGCACCCGUCGGAGCAGGACGAGCAGGACUCCCUGGAGUUCUGUCCGGUCGAGCAGCCGCAGCCGCAGCCACAGCAGGCCGACACCCACCUCCCCCGCCCGUCGUAUAUGCCCCAACAGAGCGGCUACAGACCCCAGUGACCCCAACCUGACC